CCGGUGGUCCCGCGAUGGUCCUGUCCCACACGUCCUCCUGUCCUACAUGUGGACCCGCGUGUCAGCCGGAGCGCCCGUGGCUCUGUCGCUUCGCCCCCGCCUCCCUCCGCGCAACGAAUAGAAACAGAAGCAAGAGAGCGGAAUUGCGGAAAGCAGCUAGAGAGAGUGGAGCCAAAAAGCGGGCGGCACCGCACCACCGAAGGAGGAGCCAAGCUUUUCGCUUCCGGUGUGGGGUGGUGGUGGAGCCUUGUCGCGGUCCGGCGGCUAGGGGUCCUUUCUCGUUUCGUCGGGGUUCCUCCGCCCCGCACCUGCUCGCUCGCUACUACUUCCAUGGUGGCCGCCAGGGCCGGUUGAAGCCUGACAGCGGCGGCCGGACUGGAGGAGCGAGAGCAGGCCACGGCGAGGCGGAGAUGGUUGUGUGCUCCAUGCGCAAGUCGUUCAAGGACUCGCUCAAGGUGCUCGAGGCCGACAUCCAGCACGCCAACACGCUGGCAGCUGAUUUCUCCAGGGGCUACGAUGGGGCCUGCCUCCAGAUGCGGAUGUCCUACAGCCCCGCCGCGCACUUGUUCCUCUUCCUCGUGCAGUGGACCGAUUGCAGCCUCGCCGGCGCGCUUGGCCUGCUCAGGAUCCUAAUCUACAAGGUUUAUGUGGAUGGGAGUACCACUAUGUCCACACAUGAGAGGAAAGCAAGCAUCAGAGAAUUUUAUGCUGUUAUAUUUCCAUCCCUCAUGCAACUGCCCAAGGGGAUCAGCGACCUCGAUGACCGGAGGCAGAAGGUGGUAUGCACAGAGAGAUACAGGAGGAGAGAGGAGGAUGAGAGCAAGAGGCCAGUUUCUGAGAUUGAUGUCGAGAGGGAGGAGGAAUGUGGCAUUUGCAUGGAGACGAAUAGCACCAAGGUGGUGCUGCCCACCUGCAGCCAUGCUAUGUGCAUCAAGUGCUACCGCCAAUGGCGCUCAAGAUCACAGUCCUGCCCCUUCUGCCGGGACAGCCUCAAGCGAGUAAAUUCCGGUGACCUGUGGAUGUUCACUGACUGCCGAGACGUAGUUGACAUGGCAACGGUGACCAGAGAGAACAUCAGGCGCCUGUUUAUGUACAUCGAAAAGCUGCCUCUGGUCACGCCGGAAAACAUCUUCUACGCCUACGAUUCUCAUAGGAUGUUCCUCGUCCUAGGAUGUGGCUAAUCUUGGGGCAGCCUGUGGGCUCUGACAAGAGACCUUUGAGAGUUCUGACUGGGUGUAGAGUCUGUUCAGGUUUUUGUAAAUAUAAUGUGUUGUACAUAUUUAUGGUCAAUGAAAAAUCUUUAGGGAAAAAGCGUUGUGUUCCAAAGUAUGGAAGCUCCAGAUGAUAUACAUUUGGUGCAUGUAUUGGGUUCGAUUUUAAGCUUGAAAUGCUCUGUAGUUUCAACUGGAUAUAUUUGUGUUUUAACCCUUUUGCUUGGAA